UGUCUCUCAAUCUCAUGAUGAGUCUCUCAAUAUUUUACUCAUUUCAGAAGUUCAGUCAUACUGAGCAUCGUCCAGAACCACUCACUUUCAUAAUUUGUUUACGCAAUUUUUACUUUUGUUUACAAACAAUUCCACCUUCUACGGCAGGACCAUGCGCUAAUAAUCAAAUCACAAAAUAACUGAUAACACCGGGACCUGCGCACUGGGGCCCAAACUGCUGUCAAACACUUUAUUAAAUAAACGAGUGAUACGCCAUAUGUGCUUUCUCUGCUAAGUGAAAAUAAUCGAUUUUAACAGCCGCGAACCUUUCCAUACAAAAUAAUAGAAAUAUAUUCCAAAAUCAAAACUUGAAUACUUAUUUCUAUUCGAAAAUAAGUAAAGAACAUACUUUUGCUGCAGAACAUAAAAAAGUUUUCAUCUCCGACCGUUAAGUGAUAAAUUGAAAAAUGUAGUGACAGGUUACUUGUAUUGUAGUUCAUGGCCGUUCAACAAUAGUUGUGAUGUGAAAGUGAAAAUGAAACUCCUCACGUUAGAUAGCAGUAGAAAAGCGCACUAAACUCCAGUUUCCUUCAGCCAGAAACAAGACAAGCACAUCCAACACAGAUAAAAUUGUCGACAACAACAACAAUAACUCCUUAUCCAUUACAAUCGUCCUUCCUCAUAACCAAAAAUACCUUAGAAUACUAUCACUUCCGCUCUAGAUAGAAAUCGCUAUACAAAAAGCACCAUCGUCACUUUGUAAGUGCUGUCACAAUGUCCAAACCACCCACAGACACUACGGGUCUGGGCUACUCAUACCACUUGCCCUCGGGUGGUUUACUUUUACGACUCAAGAAUUCCCUCUCACAAUUUAGCGAUCUAUUCAGUGAGUUCAAUAGAUAUAUUGCACCGGCCUACCAUCAUGACCGAUGUGAACGUUCGGUGCAUAUGCGUCUUUAUUCGAUGCAAAAACGCGAAUUCGUCAUGGUCUUUCUGGGUUUUCUCAUUUGUUUCGGUUUGGCCAUUGUAAUUGGCCUCACCGGACCACCCAUUACCAGUACAUCGGAGAUCACCGCUAAAAGUAUACUGGCGAACACAUCGUUGGCUAAUAGUAAGACUGUGUUGGCAACAGGGCCGUUUGCGAUGAAAUCACCACUAAUGACCACGUACUCCCAGCAACUGUGGCUGAUUGCCAAAUUGGUGACCGACAACAAUGAUGACGAAAAAUACGAUAAGAGUUUCCAAGUUAGCGUUGCCAUAGAUGGUAUUACAGAACAACACAAACCUUUGAGCAUACUCCGUGCCGAUUCGGUACGCAAUCGUACUCGACACUUGUCCUGUGUGCGGAACGAUUGUAAAGAGUUUACAAUACUGCAUUUGGGUUUUCUUGAAUAUGCACAUUAUAUAAUCACUGUGCGCUUCUAUGGAUUGGAGACCUUCCACCAGAAGUAUAAUAUACGCAGCAUAACAUUUUAUUUCAAAACUUAUAGUCCCGAGUUUACACAAAUCGAGAUAUGGUUCCGCUUUAUAUUUCUAUUAUUUACCUUCAUUGUAAUUUGCUGGUAUGCUCACACACUCCGCAAAUAUCCCAUCUACGAUUGGUCUAUCGAACAGAAAUGGAUGUCCAUACUCCUGCCGCUUCUCUUGUUGUAUGACAAUCCCUUCUUUCCAUCAAUUUUCCUAAUGAACUCGUGGUUCCCCGGCAUGUUGGAUGCAAUCCUCCAAGCAACAUUCCUGUGUUCGCUUCUCAUGUUCUGGCUUUGUAUAUAUCAUGGCUUGCGGCAGAAUGAAAGGCGUUUCAUACGAUUCUACUUACCAAAAAUCAUUGUUAUACUACCAAUUUGGCUGUGCGCCAUAGUAUUGGCCACUUGGGAAAAAUGCAACGAGCUACGCGAUCCCACCUAUAGCCACUUUGUGGACACAAGAAAUUAUAAUGGCUUCAAGUUGUUCUUCUUCAUAGCUGGCUGUAUGUAUAUACUGUAUUUGGCCUUAUUAGUAUUACGCGCCUAUACUGAGCUCAGGUCGAUGCCUUAUUUUGAUAUGCGUCUGAAAUUCUUAACGCUUUUGAUGUUAUUUGUUAUCUCCAUUACCAUAAUGGUAACAACAUGUCGCUUUGGCUUCGGUAUAUUGGAGGAUAAUUUUGUGGCCACACUUAAUACCACCUAUCAUAGUUCGGCGCAGUUCAUGUGCUUUUACGGGCUGUUGAAUUUUUAUCUAUACACUAUGGCUUAUGUGUAUUCCCCUAAUGGUCGCUUUUCACAAGAAAUCUCUGUAACUAAGGAUAAUCCGGCAUUUUCGAUGAUUAAUGAUUCGGAUGAGGAGGUUGUAUACGGCUCGGAGGAUGAGUCACGACGUCCUCUCACUGUGGGCAACAAAAAUGAUUAUGACAGUGAUUAA